GAACAAACUACACACAAAAGAGUUAAAGAAACAGCGGAGAAAAAAAAAACACCUGAGUACAGAUAAAGAUAUAUGUUGGUGCUGUGCUGUUUCUAACAUAACAGAACAACGGUACUUAAGGAAAAAAGCUGGUGGGAGAAUUCUUAGCCUACCAAUCUGUUUCAUGGCUGCACACAGGUUCUUCUAAAAAGACAAGCAUGUCAGGAAACUCUGGAUGCCCCUUCUUCCUCUGGGGACUUCUAGCCUUCUUGGGCUUGGCUCUGGUCAUAUCGUUGAUCUUCAAUGUUUCCCACUAUGUAGAGAAGCAGCGACGAGAUAAAAUGUACAGAUACUCUGAUGACUACAUUCCAAGGGCUGAAGAAUAUUAUGAAGAUGCUCCAAUUUAUGGUAACUUAGAAAAUAUCAUCCCUGAACCACUGGACGAAGACUGCUAUGAGCAAAUGAAAGCUCGACCACAGAGAUCUGCAAGUGACGCACAGGAAGUGGUUGCACCUGCACAGGUACCUGCUGAAGCUCAAAUUUGCUAUGCCUCACUGGAUCACAGCAUGAAGGGGAAACGCAGAAGGCCCAGGAAACAGAAUACUAAUUUGUCAGACAGAGGAAAGGAUGCACAAGACUGUACAAUGGGUGCCAACGUUUCUCAGAACAAUAUGGUAGAAAGUUUUCCACCAGAUAACCAGGUAGUUGAGGAAAGUAUUCAUGAUGAUCCUGCUAGACUGUUUGGAUUGAUCCGGGCCAAGAGAGAACCUGUAAUCUAGCUGGACUAUAAUUCAGCUCAAUGGUAACACCCUUUGAGAGAUGGUUGAAAAAGCAAGAUUACCAUGUGACACACAGGGAUUGACAGAGUGACAGUCUACUCAUUUUUCAGCGGAAUGGUACCUUCCUUUGUCUUUAUGGAUCACAUCCCUACACACUAAAUCUAAUUAUAAUUAGCUAUAUGAAUACAGUUAAGAAUAUCUAAAUAGAAAAAGUCAGAUAAUAAAGUCCAGUUUGCAACUUAAAUGACUUGAUAACAAAAUCAAAAUGAACAGUAAUACCUAAUAAGGACAAAGUUUUAAAAAUUCAAAGUACAUAGGACACCUUGAAUGAAAGAGAAAAGCCUGUGUCUUAAAAAAUUAUCAAUAAAACAUGUCUUCUUUCAUCAAUGUGAAUAAGUAAUUAGAAGAAAUUUCUGAUUGAAAGUACACUGCCAAGGAAAGUAGAGUAAUCGUGAGGAGUAUUGUUUCCAAGAUGUAAAUAGUAUUAUUAGUUUUAAAAUUGUUAUAAAAAUAAAUCCAUGCUUUUUACAACAAUUAAAAAGGUAAGAACUUAGAAAAUUCUACUACUCAGAGAUAAUCAAUAUGAAUAACUUCUUUGUGUUUAUGGAUAUUUGACUGGACGUAACCAUCUAUAUGUAACAGCUUUUCCUUUUCCUGUUUUAAAUUAAACAUAGAGAAUUAUGAAUAUUAUUUAAAUUCUAUUUGUGUAUCAACAGAGUAGGAAUUAUUUCUACUAUAUAUUACUAUAUUAAAAUGUCUUCAAUUUUGUAUUUGAUGAUGCUGGGAAGCAAACACGGAGUCUUUCAGAUGAAAGACAAGUACCUCACCACUGAGCUUCAUCCAAACUCUGCUUCAUAAUUCUAACAUCUGCAUUGUAUCUCAUUUACGAUUAAAUCAGAAUCCAUUUAAAGGAGUUUGAAGACUACUUAAAUGAACUCAAGUUUCCAUUUUAUGGAAUAUUUAUGGAAUAUUUUAAUGAGAAUGUUCAAAGGCAUGACUGGAUACUUAUCUAGUUUCUUCUUUGUGUUAAGCAUUUAAAAGGGAAUUAAAUAUUUAAAGAUG